AUGUCGGAACGUGUCUCUCAGCUCGCGGCCCAGCUGAAUUAUCCCAAGGGUAUGCUAGCAGGCCAGACAGCGAUCAUCACAGGCAGCGGGCAGGGAAUCGGGGCAGAAACAGCCAGGCUCUUCGCCAACGAGGGUGCGAAAGUCAUUGUCACUGACAUCGACGCUACCAAAGCAGAAGCCGUAGCCGCCGAGAUCAACAGCGCAUCACCAGGCCGUGCGCUAGCAGUGCCAGGCGACGUGCUAGACACAGCGUACCAGGCCUCUCUGAUCGAGAAGGCCGUAGCCUUCGGCAACGGCAAGCUGCACAUCCUCGUGAACAACGCGGGGUACACGUGGGACGGGGUGAUCCACAAGAUGAGCGACGACCAAUGGGACACGAUCGUGAACCUGCACACGACGGCGCCCUUCAAGCUAGUGCGGGCCGCGGCGCCAUACUUCCGCGUGCGCGACGGCGAGCCGCGGUGCAUCGUGAACGUGUCCUCGACGAGCGGCGUCCACGGCAACGCCGGCCAGAUCAACUACGCCAUGGCGAAGGCGGGGGUCACAGGGAUGACGAAGACGAUUGCGAAGGAGUGGGGGCCGCGGUUUGGCGUGCGCGCGAACGCCGUGGCCUUUGGAUUCAUUGCUACGAGGCUGACACAGGCUAAGGAGAAAGGGGCCUUCGUGACGGGGCCGAAGGGCGAGAAGAUCGUGGUGGGCAUCCCGCAGGGCACGAAACAGCCGGAGCAGCAGGCUCAUGCUGAUAUCCCGCUCCGGAGACCGGGGCAACCGUCUGAAGCUGCUGCUGCGAUAUUGGCGGUGGCUAGCCCGUUGUUUUCGUAUGUGACGGGACAGACUAUCAUGGUUACUGGUGGGCGAAAUAUGUGA